CAGACGCGCGCGCCGUGUUGUUGUCAGUGGCUGACAGCGGCUAACAGGAAGCACCGACACACCACCGCAACACACGGGUACGAAAACAUAUCUAACUCCGGUUCGUUGGGUGCUCUUCGGUUCUCGUCAGUAAACUGGUUCCUCUGCCAUCGGAUGCGUUCUCUCUAUGUAGCCGCCCUCCUCCGCCACACUGCCGUUAGCUUAGCCUGCUAGCUCUCCGUGACGUUAUGACGCGCGUGUGAAUGGAAGCGCUCUUCCUCUUUGCGUCCAGCUAAAGAGGCACUUCUGCUCUCAGUGGCGGACCCGGCGGAGGAUUAAGGCUUCACACACUUCCACAUAUUCACCAGUUGCCAUGGAGCCUCACGCCGCAGCGGUGGGCUGCGUGAACAUGGGCAGUCUGACCAGCACCUUGCCCGUGAUCCCCUACCAGAAACUGACGGACCUGUACUACCUGAGCAGAGGGGGCUUCGGCACCGUGUUCAAGGCUCAGCACUCGGACUGGAGGACCACCGUGGCCAUCAAGUGCCUGAAGCUCGACUCUCCUGUAGGAGAAAGAGAGAGGAACUGCCUGCUGAAGGAGGCCGAGGUGCUCCACAAAGCCAGAUUCAACUACAUCAUCCAGAUCUUUGGCAUCUGCAACGAGCCGGAGUUCUUCUGCAUAGUCACAGAGUUCAUGAGCAAUGGUUCUCUGGACCAGCUGCUCCACGAGAAAGACACAUACCCUGAUCUCGCCUGGCCUUUACGACUGAGGAUCCUGUAUGAAAUCGCACUUGGGGUUAACUUCCUUCACAACAUGAACCCACCCCUCCUACAUCAUGACUUAAAGACGCAGAACAUACUGCUGGAUGGUGAAUUUCAUGUCAAGAUUGCAGACUUUGGCCUUUCAAAAUGGCGCCAGCUCUCUGUCAGUAAAGGCUCAGGGUCCAAGCCCACAGAGAUGGGUGGCACAGUAAUCUACAUGCCCCCAGAGAAGUACGAACCAUCCAAGAGCCGCCGUGCCGAUGUGAAACAUGACAUGUACAGCUAUGCCAUCAUCAUGUGGGAGGUGUUGUCUCGGCAGAUACCAUUCGAGGAAGUGACAAACCCAAUGCAGAUCAUGUUUAGUGUGCUGCGUGGUAUGCGUCCAGAUACAAGUCUAGACAGCCUGCCCGCUGGCAUCCCCAGCAGAGGGACCCUCAUCAGUUUAAUGACCUGCGGCUGGACCAGCAACCCUGACGAACGACCGUCCUUCCUGAAGUGUUUGAUUGAGCUGGAGCCCAUGGUAAGAAACUUUGACGAAAUCGACUUCUUAGAAGCCGUGCUGCAGAUCCAGAGGUCAAAGUUAAGGCAGAGGUCAGGCUGCUGUUCGGCUCAGUCAGUGUGUGAGAAGAGGAGUGAGGAGGGAUCCCUGUCCACGCUGAAGAGCAGGCCCGGCCCCUGGCCAGAGAGCUCAGGCUCAGGCUCCGGCUCAGGCUCCGGCUCCGGCUCCUGUUCAUCUCAGGACACAGACAUAUCUCUACCAGGUGCUCUCACCAGCAACAGUACUGCAGAGUCUAAAGAUAACCUUCGAUCGUCAUUCCUCGCUCACACGCUGGAGCCUCCAGAGUCUCUGAAGGACAGCUCCCAAGUAAACAACCUCAAUACCUACCAGACUGCCAGGACCCUGAAUGAUUUGAAUAUUCCCAUCAAACCCGGCCUGCCGAUUACAGAGUGUGAAACUCAACUGGACGACCUUACCCUCAAGCCACAGCCACAGCAACAAGCAGCAGAUCACUUUCCUACACCGCAGCACUCUCCGACCUCACUAGGCCCCAUCACUCAGUGGAUUGCGACUAAGCGUGAGGAGAUCGUCUCCCAGAUGACAGAGGCCUGUUUGAACCAGUGCUUGGACGCCCUGUUGUCCCGCUCCAUGCUGAUGCAAGAAGAUUAUGAACUCGUGAAAAACCAGCCCACACGCACAGCCAAGGUCCGCCAGCUCCUGGACAACUGUCACCGGCACAAUGAAGACUUCUGUCGCAUCAUUGUCCGCAAGCUGCACGACAACAAGCAGAUGGGCCUGCAGCCGUAUCCGCCUGAAAUCAGCUCCCAGACCACCGCCCUCGUCCCCAGUGCGCCGCCAAUGUCCAUACCCUACAGAAGGAACAUUUAGCAGCUGUCAGAGCCAAGCAGCAGAGACAAGUCUCACACGAGAGUCAUACUACAGUUGACUCUCAGUGGUACUGCUGUCAUCACCCUGAACCAUGUUCUGAACCACCAUGUUCUGAACCGCCAUGUUCUGAACCACCAUGUUCUGAACCACCAUGUUCUGAACCACCAUGUUCUGAACCACCAUGUUCUGAACCAUGUUCUGAACCAUGUUCACCACUAUUCCCUAAGAAGACUGAGGAACAGCCGGUUGAGGAAAAGGAAAUUACAUUUCAAAACAGGUUGUUUUGAAAUGUAAUUUCCACUUCAACCAGAGAUGGACUGGAUUCUGUUUUAUCAGAAUCAAAAGAUUUAAACUGAAUCAGUGAUUUUUAUUUUACAACGCUGUGGAUUUACAGAGGUGAUUUAUUUAUAGUCUUUUCAUAAUGACUGGAUAUAUGAUGGGAUGUCUCUCCUCUCAAUUACCAUUGAUUAUGUAGCCUCAAAUUUUUAUGUGUGCGUAUGUGUUGAACACAAAUAUUCUUGGUAAUCUCAGUUGAUCUGAGUAAAUGACGGGAGGACUGUUAAUAUGCUGGAAAACCUGCAGCAAAAACAACAUUAAUUCCAAUUGUAGCAAUCUUAUCUUAAACUAUCAUGUAGUUGUGACCACUGAUUUACUGCUCAGAGAGAGUGUUUGUUAGAAACACCCGCAAAAUGCAGUCCGAAAUACUUCAGAGCUGUUGAUGGCUAGGUGUUCUUGAACGUCAACAGCUUCUCGUUAUUCAGUGAAACAUAGGAAUGAUCUGUUUUGUUGGAAUGUGUUCAUGUGACUGAUGGAAAGCUGUUUUUUUUUCCCUUUUUACUGUUAACAUUAAAAAUAGUGGCUGGGACAAUUAGUAAAGAGGAAGCUGAGAUUGUAACAUCAAACCCACAAUGAGGGGGAUGUGUGUCUGCAUGUGUGUACUUACAAAAUAAUCGACCUUAUGAUUGGUUUAUUUUCUGAAAAGUGGCCUCUCCUCGAAGUAUUUACAAUAAUUCAAUAAUAUUCAAUUUGAACACUUGAGCCUCGUGGAUACAGGAGUCACAGUUCUUCCAUUCGCUCUCUGCUGAGGUUAGAAGUUUUUUUUAUCCAACUGAGCUGAUACAAGUGCAGAACACAAGCAGAAAAACAAACCUGCUGUGCUUGUAGAUUCAGUCACUUUUGUUACUCUGUGCUGCCUAAUCUGCUCAAAAUGACGGUAGUAAUGUUUCUUUAAAACAAUCAGAAAACAGUUCAAUGUCGCACUUACAUUUAAACAGUUGGAAUAGUGCAUCUUAAUAAAUAUGAUUUUUAAACCUGUUUGUUAGCUCCACAUAUCACUUCAUUCAAACGUCUAACCAAUAUAAUUAUUUGUGCCAAAUGACAUUGGAGUGAAAAAACUAUUGAUUUAUGUCGAUCGACUAAUUGUUUCAGCUCUUGUGUGAAUGUAAAUUGUUUUUUCAUGAAUAGCCUUUGUGUCUUCAUCAGUUCUUUCACUUAUUUAAAUUGGUGCUUAGAGAACAGUAUUGUAACUGUGGUAGUAUCUCUAAUAUCCAUAAAUUCAUCACAGAAUAACCUUUUGUUCCAAUUUCUAUGAGAAAAUGCACUUCAUCAUUGAGCAUUAAGUUGUGUUCCCCGUCAUUAAGUCCAAGGUAAAUAUCAGUUCAGUAAUAACUGCAAUGUGGAAAAACACAGUGAGAAAUGAGUCACAGCAGGUCGUUCUCUGACUCUGUUACAAAAAAUUUUCCACUAUGACUACCCUCAUUUAACUGCCAACAGGAAGUCCAAGGAGCUCAAUAUACUUCCAUAAUAUGGGACUAGUGUCACCUCAUGUUUGAUAACUGUGCCUCAUGUUCUGCUUUUGGUCGCAUCUAUAGUAAUAUGUAACGGCCUUUUACAAACAUAUCAAAUUAAGAGAACAAAUACUACACAUUUGAUAGCCUAGAUAUGUUGUAACAUAUUUUGUACUGUAGAUGAUAGUUUUAUGUUUUUAUAAAUAUUUUCAUCUGUGAUCUAUUGUUAAAAAUUUUUUUAAUCUGAUGUCUGUCGAAUUGUGCAAAACAGCAGCCCAUCAUUUAGGACAUGGUUUAGUGUCAACUAUCGGUGACAGUUCAUCAAACUGUGAUGUUAUUAUUAUUUAAUUCAAUUUUGGCUGAUGUGAAGCUGUGGUUUCAACAGAAAGUCAGGUUUUUCAUAUACUGCAUCAAACUCAUCAAUAAAAUUGGUAUUCUGUUUUUA